UGGCAGACUAGUGAUUAAAACGUUUCGGAACUUGCACUGUUCAUGUUUCAAUUACAUUAAUUAUAUUAUCAAUUACAAUCGUGCUGUUUACAACGCCGGCCGAGAUGACGAAGCAAAUUUAAGAUUGGCGGCACAAGUAAAUUAGGAACUCCACACCAAAUUUACCUGGCUGGAAAAAUUUAUUUAAAUUUAUCAAAAAAUUAAAUAAUAAGGUCGUCAUUAUCAUGCGGAGCUUCCUCGCCGUCUACAAAUACGAGCCGGUACACUCGAGUGAGUUGGCGUUAAAUAUUGGAGAUAUUAUUCAAUCUGCGGCAAAAGUAAGGGAUGGAUGGUGGCAUGGAGAGAGUAAAGGAAAUGUUGGGAAUUUUCCAUCGGAUUGUGUUAAGGAAUUACCACUAGACUGGAGAAUAAGUAUGAGGCACCUGCUGGCCUUAUACACAUACGAGUCAUCAGAGUCAAAUAAAUUGGCGUUCCAGAUGGGGGAUAUUAUUCAAUUUAUCACAGACAUAGAUGGUGGAUGGUCGUUUGGAAGGUUAAGUCAACAAUUGGGGAUAUUUCCGUCAAAUUUCGUUAAAGAAUUGCCGCUUGAUUGGGAUAAGAGUACUAGAAGGUUCAAGAUCCAUCAGACAUUCAACUCACAAAGUACGGAUAAGCGUUGUCUCGGUUCUGGCGAAAUGAUCCAAUUCGUAAUGGAACAUAACGCUAAUUGGUUUUGGGGAAGGAUUAAUAGGAAACUUGAAAAAAUUCCUACACGUCAUGCCUCCGAAGUUUUCGAAGAGUUAAAUUCCACAAUCAGUAAAACGUCAAGUCAAUUGGGGGCAACCGCAGCUAUUGAAACACGUCCCUGCUCCUUGAAUAAGUUGCCCAAAUAUCUGCAGGCGAUAUUUCCGUUUGAAGCUGGAUCAGAAACUGAACUGAAUUUAGUUGUUGGAGACCUGAUUGAAUUCAUUGAAGAAGUUGAGGAAGGUUGGUAUCGUGGACGCUUGCUGAAGAAUGAAAAGAUUGGACUUUUUCCCUCAAACUUCGUAACCGAAGUGUUAAAUUUUGAGGAAAAAAUUAUUCAAAAUAAUGGGCAAGAGGCAAAGUCGAAUAGCAAAUCACCUUGAUCGGUUUCAUAAGUUAUUAUUUUACAUUUACUGUCCACCCAAUUCGUUUGCAUCCAAGGACAUUACGAGAUUUUAUAACCAUUUGUAAUCUUAUUCUCAAGUUCAGUCUUUUCCUGAUUCUUUGACCUGAUGUACAUGUCGCCGUCUCAAUUAUACAAAUAUUUUAUCUUACUUAAUGUGUACUUCUCAAUUUUACCUUUUCUAAUUGUAUGAAAGGACAAAAUACCGAUAUGAUAACAUAAUGUGUCUCCUUACUUCUUAUCAAAUUAUCCUAAUUCAAUUAACCUUCAAAAUGUAAUUUAACCAAUGCUCAACCAAUAUUCUUUGCCACUCUUCUCAAGCUUACCUUACGAGCCACAUCAGCCCAAUUCAUUUUAAGUUCUAACCAUUUUUAUGUAUGACAAGGCUUGUUUUUUUUAAACUGAAGUAAAACACAUUGAGCAAAAUUAA